UCUUCCCCCGAUUUAAAACACCAUGGGCAAAUCCAAGGCUACAUGGAAUUAUAAUUUUCUUUUACAAAUUAAUAAUAGAAUUUAGAAGACAUGCCAAACAUUUUUCAGACAGAAUUUAAUUGGUCCGCCGACUUGUCCGGAAUACAGUGAGCUAACAAAACCUCAUCCUCUUUAAUGUCAACAUCUCGAACCACAACCAAAAACAGUUCAACCACCCUCCAUUAAGUGUUGGUCUAAACCCGCGUGCCUCUCCGGUUUCCGCCACUAAAACAGUUUGUUUAACCUUUUUGACACUCUUCUAACUUGAAACUACUCCCAAAAAUUCCUCUAACAAAACCAGUUCGUGUGUGAGACAAUGAAGGGUAAGGCAACCAAGAACCCAAUCUUCGCCUUCACCACAUGGAUCCGACGACAACCACCGAAGAUGAAAGCGUUUUUAGUGACCAUCUCAGGGAUGGCAGCUCUUUUGUUCUUGAGAAUGGUGGUGGAAGAUCACAACAAUCUUUUUGUUGCUGCUGAGACUGUUCAUGCUUUGGGUACUUUUGUCCUUAUUUACAAGCUUACCAAAGAGAAAGCUUGUGCUGGACUUUCCCUUAAAUCACAGGAACUAACAGCUAUAUUUUUAGCCGUUCGAUUAUACUGCAGUUUUGUAAUGGAAUACGACAUACAUACACUACUUGAUACAGCUACGUUAGGGACAACCCUUUGGAUCAUUUACAUGAUCCGUUUUAAACUAAGGUCAACGUACACGCACGACAAAGACAAUUUAGGAAUCCAGUAUGUGUUUAUUUCCUUACAGGUCAUACCUUGUGCGGUUUUGUCGUUGUUUAUUCAUCCAACAACAAGUCAUCUUUUAUUCAAUAGGAUUUGCUGGGCUUUCUGUGUUUACCUCGAAGCUAUUUCGGUUCUGCCUCAGUUGCGGCUCAUGCAGAACAUUCAGAUCAUCGAACCGUUUACCGCACAUUACGUGUUUGCGUUGGGUGUUGCGAGGUUCUUUAGUUGUGCACAUUGGAUUAUCCAGGUAUUCGACACUCGAGGGCGCUUAUUGACGGCUCUGGGAUACGGAUUAUGGCCUUGUUUCGUCCUGCUUUCCGAGAUUGUUCAGACUUCCAUUUUGGCAGAUUUUUGCUACUACUAUGUUAAAAAUAUCCUCGGCGGACAACUCGUCGUGCGACUCCCCUCCGGUGUGGUGUAAACUUUGAAGGUAGCAAAAUAAGGAUGGCUAGUGUACUUUCAUUCUCUUGUGGCGGCAACUAAGGCAAUGAUUACGAGGAAUCAAUAAAGUUAAGGAUGAAUUAUAUUUGUUCAUAUACGUAGUUCAUUUGAAUAUUUCACCAAAAUAAACUAUAUAGUAUCAUCAGGUUUAAUGUUGUAAGAGCUAUGUCGGUUGUCAAACUGAUCAAAUCAUAAUGAUUUUUGAUUCAAUCAA